AUAUAUAUGGAAGUUGAUGUGUAGAAACUAUAGAUUCAAACACUUUCCACCUUCUUCUUCUCUCUCUCUCUUUCUCUCUCUCUCACACACACAUACAUACAUCUAUAAGCUAUCAUCAUUCAGCUCCAAUUCAAAGAAUUUUUGCAGUAAACUUUAGUGCUUUGAUUUUCGUUGGUUCUUUAACAAUAGCUUGGUUCAAAAUUGAGCAUAUAUAUGCAAUCUUGUUCUUAUUCUUCUUCUUAUAUAUAAUAUUCAUCCAAAGUGGCGAAUGCAACAUCAACAUCAUCAUCAUUCAAAGGAGAUAUGGCUUUCUUACCAGCAAAUUUCAUGCUACAAACCCCUCACCACCAUGAUGAUCACCACCACCAACAACAUCAUCCACCUUCCCUCAAUUCAAUCCUACCAACAUGCUCACCCCAUGAUUAUCAUGGAGGGGGAGCAGCAACAUUUCUAGGGAAAAGAUCCAUGUCAUUCUCGGGGAUUGAUCUUGGAGGAGGAGGAGGAGGAGGAGGAGUAGAAGAAGGUAACAACAAUGGGGAGGAAGAAUUAUCAGAUGAUGGAUCACAGAUAGGGGAGAAGAAGAGGAGGCUGAACAUGGAGCAAGUGAAGGCACUUGAGAAGAGCUUUGAGUUAGGGAACAAGCUUGAACCUGAGAGAAAAAUGCAGCUUGCAAGGUCCCUUGGCUUGCAACCAAGGCAAAUUGCAAUCUGGUUUCAGAAUCGAAGAGCAAGGUGGAAGACUAAGCAGUUAGAGAGAGACUACGAUCAACUCAAGCGUCAAUUCGAAGCCGUCAAAUCAGACAAUGAUGCACUUCACGCCCAGAACCAAAAACUUCAAGCUCAGUGGUGCGAGCGAUGGGUGCAGAUAUUGGCACUGAAAAAUAGAGAAGCAACAACAGAGUCAAUAAACCUGAACAAAGACACAGAAGGAUCAUGCAGCAACAGAAGCGAGAACAGUUCAGAGAUCAAGUUUGAUAUUUCGACAAGAACACCAACACCAACAACAACAACAACCACCACCACCAUUGUUGAUAGUCCUCUAUCAUCAAAACCAUUCUUUCCAUCUUCAUCAUCAUCCACUAGGCCGCCACAUCAGCUUUUUCAGAUUUCAAGGCCCGAGAUUCAUCUUCAUCAGUGUCAUCAACAGAAUAAUAAUAAUAAUAAUCAUGUGGUGGCUAAAGAAGAGAGUUUGAGCAGCAUGUUUGUUGCCAUGGAUGAUCAGUCUGGGUUCUGGCCAUGGUUGGAGCAGCAACAUUUCAAUUGAUUGAUAUUGUUAGUCACGUGCAAUGUCACGUGAUACGGUUUUAAAUUGCGGUAUAGUGCGUGCAAGUUCAGCCACAAUUGCGAUUGUUAAGUGUACGUUUUUUGUUCCUCAUAAUUUCUGAAUUGCAGCGCCACUGUUCUGCCGCAACGGUAAUUUGAAACUGGGAUCCGAUGUGGGAUAUAUUUUUUCUUUUUCUUUUAUUUUUUGAAGGAUUUGGGAAUGUAGU